AUGCCGUCGAACGAUCGCUUUGUCCUCGCACUGCCAAGGGCGUCGCGUGUUCGCUUUGUCCUUGCGGCAGGACCACAUCCUCUAGCCACCCGAUCUUGGACCUAUAGCGCGCCACACCCCACCUUCGUCUGUCUCCCUACGUUCAUCUCCGCCAACCUCGCGUUCCUCCCCACUCUACACCCUCAAACGUCCUCCGCAGUGGCUAAGGGGAAGCGCAAGAAGACCAAUGCAUAUGUCUACGUAGACACGGGCUGCGAGGUCAUACCCGACGGCCCGGCCACCAUCUUGGUUGACGAACAUGGAAAAGAGACCGUCCAGUACUGGUCUCCAGGUCGACGUGUGGAGAAGCGACCUACGGACGCGACUAUCCCGUCGACUAGCCGUCUUCCAUCUCUCCUAGACACCCUCGGAGAUCUAGUUGAUGAGCCACCUGUUGUGUCGAGUGGCGUCGCGCAGGGAGAGACACGAGAGCAUACCACGAAGUCGAACACUACCCCACAUUCGAUCAUGCUCACCUUCCUCGAGAAGUGGGCCCAGAAGUUCCUCAACGUCUUUCGCUCCCGCGAGACGGACGCCCACCUGGGCAAACCCUGCUACAAGUGCAUGAGCCCCGCUGCGCCGUUUCGCUGCACGGAUUGCUUCAAUGGACCGAUGCUCUGCCAGUCGUGUAUGGUCCAACAGCAUGCCUUCAGUCCCCUCCACCGUGUACAGCAUUGGAAUGGGACCUAUCUCAAGCGCAAGCAACUCAGUGACUUAGGGCUUGUCUUCUCUGUGGACCACCACGGACGCUCGUGUCCGUCCUCAUCAUCAGCGCGGACCAGCAACCUCACGGUCGUCCACACUACGGGCAUACAGACUGUCACUGUCCAAUACUGCGAAUGCCGCCGAACCGCCGAACGUCCCCCCGAACGUCCCGUCCAGUUGUGCCAGGCAGGUUUGUGGCCCGCAUCGUUCUCCAGGCCACAAACCGCACUCACUAUCCACGUCCUCGGCUUCUUUACCCAACUCACAUACCAAGCAAAGACCUCCGCGCACGAUUUCUAUGGUACGCUGCGGAGAUUGACGUCGAACGCCUUCUUCGAAGACGUCAAAGACCGCUACCGCGAGUUCAUGACAGCUCACAGGCAGUUCAACUAUCUACAAACCCUGAAACGCUUUGCGACCGACGCCAAGCGCAAACUCGACCCGGGCUCCUUGGCGCUGCGCUGUCCAGCCUGCCCGCACCCGCACAUCAACAUGGACCCAACAUGGAAGGAGCGUCCUAAAGAGGAAUGGUACAAGGAUGCGCUCCAUUUCGCUAAGGACGGCAACUUCAGUCUCAGCCAGCACGACAAGAAAAUGGACGCGCACGACUUCCCACUGAUGGACGGUGCAGCAUACUACGUCGACAGCAACAAGUACCGAGAGUACAAGAUGGACGUCUACGAGGAUGUACAGGACGAGACGACCACCUGCAGCAACUUCAGUGCGCUUGCAGGUCGUUACAAAGGCAAGAUAAAGUCCGGUCAAGUUGGCCUCUCCUGCACACGCCACGGGUUCGUAAUACCCUGCGGUACCGUUGACUUGCACAUUGGGGAACGCUACGCCAACGUGGACUACGCCACACUCUCCGGAAUUCAAUGGUUCUUGCCCCUCCGCCUCUUCAUCAGCUCCUACGACGUCAACUGCAAAUACGGAAUCCACUGGUGGGAGAGGCUUCGGAAGAUCGCCGCCGUCUUGCCGACUCUCCCUGGAGUUUCGUUGCUUAGAGAAGCGUGGCCGAUCAUUCUACGCUGCGUCCCCAAGUGGCACCUUUCGGCACACACCGGUCUAUGUCGAUACUUCUGCUCUUUUUACUACAUGCCUGGCGUUGGGAAUACUGAUGGCAAGUCACUCGAGCGGCGUUGGGCCGCCUUGAAUGCAAUCGGGCGGUCGGUUCGCGAGAUGGGUCCAGGUCAUCGGCAAGACGUCAUCGACGCGCACAACUCGGACUUCAACGUGCAAAAGACCUUCAAGAUAGGGCGCCAUCUACAGGCGAAACUGAAGGACGCCGAGUCAUGCUACGCGGACAAAAGCACAGAGCUAGACAGUCUCGAGGCAACACUGCUGUUGAGCAAUCGACCCCUUGCGCAGUGGAAACAAGCCGAGGCUGCGUAUAUAGCGCAGAUGAAUCGAGGCAAUGUCGAGGGUCACACGGAGAAUCCCUAUCAGCCAGCCGCUGACGAAGCACCGACAACACAUGACGUUCUUGCUCAGCUCAAGCAGGACGAUCCCGCUAAGCGCAAAGGCAACACAGGCCAAGGCACGAAACGGAAAGCGAGUGCUCUGGAGGACGUCUCGGGCGCCACUCCAGAUAGGCGCGGGUUGGGCGACCUCCUGAUGGCUGCAUUCGAUCUAGAGCGGCAACAAGAGGGCUUGAAAGCAAAAGUGCAAGAGCACGCGAAGGAGCCGUCGUCAGCUCAAAGGGUUAUGGGCUCCGAACUCCUGGCCCUCGAAGACGAACGGGAGGACAUCGAGUGGCCGUCCAGUGUGGCGGCCGAACCGGAAGAGGCAACAAUCUUGGUACCUUCGGCAUACCCUAUGGUUGUUCAGAAGCAUCCACGCUUUGCAAAGUUCGUGUCCGCUGAGCGACGCCUGCGCAAGGCUCAUGCACACGACCUACUCAAGAAAGUGCGCCAGAAGCUUCACUUCGAGGCGUUUUAUAGGAAUGACAAUGCGGGUACCUUCGGUCAGCAAGCACGCACAAGACAUGCGAAGCUGAGAUCAACUGAGAGGGCGAAGAUCGGCAUUCUGCGUCGUGAAUACGAGUUCACACGUCUGAAGGCCGUUGGACUAACACACAUAGGAUCGCCUUGUUCGCUGCAGCCACUGCUAGAGGACGACUGCAUACCACCCGCGAUUGACGAGGAAACUGUCGGUAGGAGGCGUGAAAAGGUGUCGUGGAUCUGGCGUGACAAGACGUUUCAUGGGUCGGGGCUCCAAAAGUGGGCGUUGAAAGCGCAACGAGUAGACUGGUUCCGGGCCAGUGCGCGCGUGGCGAGAUGGCGAUAG